AUGUUUAAGCAAACGACACAACGACUUUAUCAGUUCCUCGGAAAAACUAAGUUGGAGGACCUUCCACCUUCAUGGCAAGGGCCCAUGGAUCGCGUUCUGAAGAGCGAAGAGCAGAAAAAUCCGAAUUUUAAAUUUGCAGAGAUCAGGGGAUCUUCACCCCACCGGUCUUAUGACGAUCCGAGUGAUCCAGAUGACGUGCUUUCGGUCCGUCUGAAAAACGAGGAUAAAAAAACCAUUGAUCGAAUCCAUGUCCAUCAAGAUGAAUCAGUGCGUCGGUAG